AUGGUGGGAGAGCAACAGCUUCCGUUUGUCUUCUACGCGGUAUGCAUUGCUGUGCUUCUUGCUCAAGGAAGUCAAGGUACCAUGAAGUAUUUGCUUAUUGAAAUGUUUUACGAAUAUGCCUUUAAAUGCUGAUAUUUGAUGGUCAUUUUCUACGUUAAAAUUCAUGAAAGUUUCAUUUCAAGAAAGACGCAGGAAUCGGGGGUAGGGCGCACAAGGAAAGGGCAAGUUACGGAACUAUGUUCAGGCAUUGCGCUCAAGGCGUUUUGAAAUUAUUGAAAUAUAAAAAUAUUGCAGCCACUGUAAAUAGCCAAGAGGCAAAGGGAGCUUACUUUCACUCACUUUCUUCUCUUAUAGCAAUCAGUUUCAAAGCUGAAAAAACCAACGUCACUGUCAAAAGUCCAGGAUUGUUCGCUUGUGAGACAAUCACAUUUGCUGAACCGUUCUCUGGUGGAAAGCAAGUAAAAGUCUUUGCUUCCUUUGGUCACUCGGUUAACAACAAGGCCCGUGGUAAUGGUGCUGCUAUUUGGGUGGAAUCGGCAGAUAGAACUCAAUUCCGCGCUUGUAUCUACGAGUACAGCAACGGCUCAAAUUCAACUGCUGAGAUAAACUGGGUUGCCCUACAAUCUGCUCCCAAAGGAGCACAACUAGGAAUCACUUCCUUGGACUCUUGGACUGCCGGAACAGAAUGUAAGAAGAUCGUCUUUCCUCAGGUACGUUCAAUUAUGCCAUGAUUACCUACAAAGUGCCUAUGCGGAAUUAAUCUAAAAAAGGCAGAAACUGGUCUGUCAUGUAAGGUAUAGUUGAAAGAUGUAACUGACGACCGCAAAUGCGAUUCUUCUUAAGGAACUUAACCAGCUGUUCAAUCAAUAAAUUGACGUCACUUAAGUUUCAAGUUCAAUUACCUAUAUACAAUGUACGUGCUAUUUUGCACGGACUUCUUGACUUAACACGAAAUGACGAUAGAAGUCUAAAAGGUGAAUCAUUAGUUUGUUUUCAGGACGAUUAAUUCAAUGAAACAGCGAACUUUGUACUGUGAUCUUUUGUUGCGCGGCUCUCCCUCUUUGUUUUCCUGUAUUUUGUUUAACUGUUUUUUUUGUUUUGUUUUGUUUUUUUGUGGAAUGCGCAGUAUUAUAACUAAGACAGAUGUCCACUCCAUGAUCCACACUAGCCCACUCACAUUAUCACCUACCCCCACUCCCCGACCUCAAGCCCUCUCAUUCUUUCAUCCGUAUUUGAUUAAUAUUACACUCUCAUAUAUGCGAGUCGAAAAGCAAUAAAACAUUGGCAUUAGAAGCCAGGCUUACGCUCGCCACCGUAAAUCUAUUUCGAGAAUCUUUCAUGAAAUAUAAUCAUUAAAGACAGUACACAAACUGAAAUUAAAUUAUUUAGGAAAGAUAUUAGAAGAUAUAACUUGUAUUUUUGGCCAGAUUUGUGUUGUAAUUUAAAUAACUUUACACAAAGUAAUUAUAUUUUACGAUAGCUGGUACGUACUGUUGGUAAAAUAUUUUUGUCCUUUUCUCACGGCUUCAAUGUGAGUGUCUCCUUCCAAAAGAAGUUUUUUCUGUAUGUGGGUGAAAGUCUGUGUAUUAUUAUGAAUCGUGCGUAUAAAUAAAUCAGAAAGAUUCUUUUUUUUGUUGUUGCAGCUGCUGCUGCUGUUGUUGUACAGAGAUGAAGCACUGUUUACUAGAUUGCUCCAUUUAACUUAAUUCACGGUCUCUGAUUAUAAUUUCUGGUGUUUACAACGUGAUGAAUGAGUUGUAAAGUUUCUUUGUCUUUUUUUUUUUUUCAGCGUCCUUUAAAUCAUUCAUCUUUUUUCUUUUCUUAUUUAAAGCGUUUUGCGACUCCUCCAGUCGUACUUGCGACUCCUAGUCACCGGUUUCCUGAGAGACCUCAAGACGCCAUGGCAGUGUGGGUGGAGGAGUUGACUGAAUACAGUUUUAAAAUCUGUCUUAGGGAAGUGAAAAUUUUCGACGGACUUCACAAAGGCAUUACUAUUGUAAGCAGAGAUAAAAUACUUUUUUAAAGACCUGUAUCCAAUUGCAUCGACUUUUCUUAGCUACACAUAUAUUGUAUUGUAUACAAAAUUUACCAGAAUACUUACAAAUAAAUAGUCGAACUAACCAUACAUUUUUAGUUUUGAAAUAUCAUUCCUCGCAGUUAUUCCUUUAUUAGUGCCUAAACUACAUAAAAAAGGACAAAUAUGUGUAUAAAAUACCUACAGUCAGGUAAGAAAGGUAAGUGAUUCUAUUAGAACCACCUUCAAGACAUUUGGUGUAAAAAGUAAACAAAAACCAAAUUAAAAGAAGCAAAAACUGUCAGUGCAAUCAAAUCUCUGCUACCAUGUGUACAUGAGUAAAGGUACUCAAAUUAAACCUUACCAUAAGGUUUUAUAAAAUGAUAUACUUAGGUUAUCAGCUCAGUACUCUUUUUGUUAAAUUAUAAUCAGGUUCCUACUUGAGUAAAACUUCUCAUGAUAGGGACUGGUCCAAUUCCUUGGAUA